CUUAGAAACCACAGGAACAGGAAGUGAGACGCAGCCAGACAUAGCCUAUAAACUUUCUCUGGCUGAUUUCAGUACUAUAGUUACUCUCUUUUAAUUCGUAUUUUUAGUAAUUUGCUGGUUAUCUUCAGAAGCUCCCACUAAAGAUGACUCUGCAAUGGACUGUUGUGGCCCUCUUUCUCUAUGUGGAGAUGAGCAUUCUUGUCAUCCUCUGUAUACCCUUCAUCUCAGCCAGGAGAUGGCAGAGUAUUUUCCAGCUGAGGAUCUGGAGCUGUAUGUCGAGGUUCUGGAACAAAGUGUUUCUCACAAUGAUUAUAAUACUCAUUGUUCUCUUCCUUGAUGCAGUGCGUGAGGUGAGAAAAUAUUCAGCUAAAGAUCUUGGCACCGAUGCCAAGCUGCAGCCCAACAUGUUCGAUCACCUCCACAUGAAGCUUUUCAGAGCCCAGAGGAACCUCUACAUCUCUGGCUUUGCUGUCUUCCUCUGGCUGGUCAUGAAGCGAGUGGUCACCUUGAUAAACCAACUGGCAUCAGCGUCUGGCAGCACGGCUGCUCUUCAGCUGCAGGCUGACAACGCUAACCAGGCUGCCAAGAAAUACACAGAGGACAAUGAGCUGCUGAAAAAGACUCUGAUGGAGGGGAAGGGCGAUAAGGCUACUGCAGAGGGCAUGGAGCUGUUGAGGAAAGAAGUGGAGAAAAUGAAAGAGGCGCUGAAGACCUCAGAAGAUGCUGUGAAGAAGUCCCAGUCCGAGGCAGAUGUAAUGAAGAAGCAGACAGAUGGUCUCGCCAGGGAGUACGACCGACUGCUGAGAGAACAUCAGGAGCUCCAGAAUCUUCAAGAUGGUGAAAACAAAAAGGACGACUAGUUAUCGUAAAGUCCUUUUAAGGUUGACUUUAACCCAAUCAGGACAGAACCAAUGCAACAGGUGCUUGACCUUCAUAUAACACCCUGUGUGUCAGAGUGCAUAUCACAAUACCAGAAUUUGCCACUCUGAGGUAAAGCCUUUUUUAAAGCAUGGAGUCACGUUUUUUUUUAUCAGGACAUCAGAUUAGCUUUGAUGGUUUAUUUGGAGUAAUGUUGAUGGUGUCCUGUUUCUGACUGGUGCUGUUUGAUCUAGAUAAUUGCUUUUUUCUUCUAGUCAUCACACGAGGGACUGUAAUUGGAGAGUUUAGCCAGUAAGUCUGAUCACAGAGCACUUCAUAUGUUAAAGAAUUGUGCAACAAGUAGGGCUGUUUUAUGGUUUGUGGCAUUAGUUUUGCAAAGGGCACAGCGUAGGGUCCAUCAUUUGUUGAAAGCUUGAGCAGUGACAGCUAUGAAUGUAUUUUGAUACUGAGGAUUUGCUUUUUUGUUACUGUAGCAGGAACACCUGCCACUUUAACAACAUUAUGCAAAGUCGUUCUCUGCUGCAUGGCUGAGCAAAUAUAUAAUGUAAUAUAUUUUGCAUGUACAGUUGCACUUCACUCAUUUUUGCUUUAUUCCAGCUGAUUUUAUGUACUUUUAAACAUAAGUAGUGGUGUGUUGGAUUGUGGUUUGAGAUUUCCAACAUCCAGUAAAUACGUUUGUUAUUCUUUUGGUUUCUUACUUAGUUUAAAGUUGUAGACUUGACUUGAAGAAAAUCUGACGUAAUAGAUCUGUGGAUGAAACUGUAUAUCUGUAGGGAUAGAAACCUUAUGAUCUAACUGAAGGUUUACACGUCUUAACUUGAACGUUCCAAUUUGUUGUGUAUUUUCUGCACUGUGUGUUUCAUGCGUAUAAUAGUGAGAGUUGCACCAGGGGAUUUACUGUGUGCUUCCUGAAAGGGGCUGUAUGUUUUUGUUAUAUCACCUUUAUCCAGAAAGAGCCUUGAAACUGAGGUUGUUGUCAACAGAUGCUUAAUGUUCCCCAGCGUUUUUUUUAUAAAUAAAUAAGGAUAUUGGGCUUACAAAAGUUACUUUCAGGUUGCAUAAAUGCCUUUUUAAGUUGAGUUUGGACAUUUCUUCGGAAAUCAGACGAAAGUGCCUUUUAAGGUAAAUGUUCACUUUGUUAAAUAAAGAUACCUUUCUUUA